CAGACAGUGAUUGUUUCCAUGACAGCUGUUGGAAACAAACGAUUGUAUUCCAUAAACAAAGAUUUGAAAUAAGAAACAAAUUAGAACAACCUGGGAUGAAGAAUUUAUUUUUUCAUCUCGGAAAACAAUUGAAAGAAAAAUUGAGCCAGGACAAUGAAAUUAAUAACAAUACGACAAUGGGGUCACCAUACAUCGAGCUGAACAAUAAUCUCUGAAUCUACAAGGAUGAAAGUCAAUAGCGAUCAGAUGCUCGUGGUCAUUCUGGUCUGCUUUGUUUUGGAACAUUGUUAUGGGUUCAGAAAAUGGUCGGCAUGGCAGCCAUGGACGCCAACAUGUGCCCGCAAUUGUAAUGAGAAAAAUGGAAUUCAAGAAAGAUACAGACAGUGUCUCCAUUGCGUCAAAGACGAUUGUGAACCUAAAGAAUAUUCAGUUUGUGGUAAUGAAUUUAAAGGAACGAAACAAUGCUACAUUGCUGCAGAGUGUGACGGACCAGGUGAGUUUACAGGCAUGUGGUCUCCAUGGCAACAAGUUGGUACAUGCACAAGAUCAGAUGGCUAUUGCAUUCCUGAAGGCAAUGUCCAACAUAUCCGUGAAUGCCAACAAGGCAAAAUGGACAGUUACGCAGAUUUUACUUGCCCAGUGAAGACAUACGCUGAAGCGAGAACCGAAACGUGCAGUGCAUUAUGCGUAAGAGAGGCUCAGGAAGCAGGAUGGGGUGAUUGGAGUGAUUGGUCAUGCCCCGUAACAUGUGGUGGGGGUUCAGGUGUCAGAACAAGGAAAUGCAAAAGAGGUGAAAAUUGCCUGGGACUAAAAAGGCAAAUCAAAAAGAGAUGUAACGACAUACCAUGUAUGGCACCGUUAGACAAAGCUUUAUUGGAUGCAACAAAGGCACAUCUGGCCACUAGUUACCAUAAUUUUGUUGUGGAUGAGAAAAAAUCGGUCGACCUUGAUUGUCGAACUGAUCUAGAUAACCUCUAUGAAGAAAAAUAUCCAAACAUGGCACAGAUUUGGAGCAAGGACGGAAAAGAGCUGAAAAUGAACAAAAAGAAAAUGGAGUACGCCGAAGGAGUUCUCACUUUGAAAAAUAUGGGUAAAGAUGACGGUGGAAUCUAUGGCUGUCAAUUCGAAUACGUACCGGGUAGUACACAAAUUAUCAAUAUUUUCCCAGUGACGAUUAACACAACGCAGUAUCAGAUGCUCGCAAGAUUUGGUUCUUCACUUAAGCUUCCCUGCAAAGGAGCCAUUUUGGGACUGAUGUAUCCUAGAGCUAGACUGAUAUGGUAUCACAAUGGCACCGUGCAUGAAGAUUAUAAAUCAAUUCCACCUCAUAUGGUCAAAAGUAGUGUUGGUCAUGUACGAGGGGAACAUGCUGGUCUUUGGGUCUGUACAAUCACUGAUCAAGCAACCAACAGGACAUGGGUUACAAACAGAAUCAAUGUCAAGGUCAUUCCGCCGCUAACUGCGUGGGAGAGAUUCAUCGCUAACCGCGUUUUAAGUUUUUCUGCCGCAGGAUUUAUUGUGGGAUGUUUUGGGUUGUGUGUUUUGUGUUGCUGUUAUCGGGCCUCGAAGUCACACAUUGAUGCACAAAAAGAUUUUGACAAAAUGAAAAAAGAUAUCGAACCUGAAGUUAAUGGCGAUGGUGAAUAUGAUGAUGAAUUUGAAGGCGACGGUUAUGACAAUGCAAACGAUCAAUUUGUAGAAGGUCAGGAUGCUGACCAAAAUUACGAUAAUGAAUACUAUGGUAACGAAGGUGAUGACUUUAACUACAGAGACGACGGAUAUGCUGAUGGCGAAGAUCAAUAUGGUUAUCAAAAUUAUGCGUAUAAUGGAGCUAACGAAUAUUAAAUCUUUUUUAUUUUAAGACUCUGAUCUUGUUAUUUAAAUUCGCUAAAAUGCUUUGAUGUAUACAUUGUAAUGUAGAAAACAAAACAACAAAAAUAACGUGUAUCUGCAAACUGAUAGUAUCAAUGGAG